AUGGUUGAAGUAAAGAAAGUGAUCAUAGUUGGAGCAGGGCCAUCUGGCCUACUUUGUGGAUUGAUGUUGGCUCAGGCAGGUAUUCCAGUGGACAUAUUGGAAGCCAAAGACAAAUUCGAUUCUUCUCCACGUGCUCUUGGGUAUGGUUCUUCGGCAGUGCAGGUGCUUAGAAGGGCCGGAGUUUUGGAGAAAGUCCGCAAAGCUGGCAUCGAGGUGCAAUCAUUUUCUUUCCGGAAGCUGAACGGCGAAAAAAUUGCAUCGGUUGCUCGGGCUGACCUUGACAACCCUGAUCGCCCUGCCGUCUUACCGAUCAGCUUGCUCAAUCCUAUCUUGAAGGAGGAGAUUGAAAAGUUGCCUGGAGCAUGCAUCCACUGGAAACAUAAAGUCAUCAACGUGGGUAAUGACCUAGAAGGAGCGUGGAUAUUGGCACAGACACCGUCUGGGCAGCAGAGAUUUGCAGCUGACUACGUGGUUGGUUGUGACGGUGCAAACAGUGCUGUUCGACAAGCUCUAUUUGGUACGAGCUUUCCGGGCUUUACCUGGGACGAACAACUUGUGGCAACAGAUAUAUACUAUGAUAUCGACAAAUUUGGCUGGGACGAUACGCAAUUCAUCAUCUCGCGCGAACAUCACAGUUUGAUUGCAAGGAUUAACAGAGAUGGGCUUUGGCGAUUCACAUAUUCUGAGCUCGGGCAUCUUAGCUAUGAUGAUGUCAAGGAACGCCUACCUUUGAGGUUUAGGAAGAUCCUACCAGGGCAUCCCGAGCCGGACCAGUAUAGGAUCAGCAAUUUCAGUCCAUACAAAAUGCACCAGAGGUUGGCAGAGCGGAUGAGAGUCGGAAGAGUGCUUCUCGCUGGUGAUGCUGCCCAUCUGUGCAAUCCAUUCGGAGGAUUGGGAUUGACGGGCGGCAUCGCUGAUGUUGGCAGCCUGAUUGAUUGCUUAGUGGGCAUUCACACCGGCAGGGCCAACGAUGAUAUCCUCGACAAAUACGACGAAAUUCGACGGCAGAAGUGGCAGAAUUUCACCGACCCUACCUCCACCAGAAAUCUACGUCGGGUGACCAACGAUGAUGAAGAGUCGAUCAAGAAAGACCCCUUCCUCCAGUAUCUGACUGCUAGCUCAGCUGGUAACAAUUCGACAGUUGAGUUGCAAGCGGCCGAACUAGAGUUGGUGGGCGACAUGACCUGUUUCUACGUCAAUUGA